CCACGCCCAUCAACACGCCCCUUAACCACGCCUCCGACUUGUGUAACACCCGGAGGGCCGCGUGGCUGCCAGCGGCCGAGGGCAACCGCGCUGCUCCGGGCGCUGGCCCGGGCAGUCCUAAGGAUGCGGCGGGGGCAAGGGAAGCGAAAGGCCGAGGUCAGGGAGCUGCCACGCGUGUCUCGGAGGAGGAAGGAGGAAGAGGAGGAGGCGGUGCAGGAGGCCCGGCGGAGGGCGGCCCCGUCCGUGAGAGAGUUCAAGUACAACAAAAAGCGGGUUCGCCUCGUCUCGCAGGGCUCGGACCUGAAGGCUGAUGCUCGGUGCAUCCUUUACUGGAUGUCCCGGGACCAGCGGGUGCAAGAUAACUGGGCUUUCCUCUAUGCCCAGCGCCUGGCCCUCAAACAGGAGCUGCCUCUGCACGUCUGCUUCUGCCUGGUGCCCAAAUUCCUGGAUGCCACUAUCCGCCACUAUGGUUUCAUGCUGAGGGGCUUACAGGAGGUGGCUGAGGAGUGCGGAGAGCUGAACAUCCCCUUCCACUUGCUGCUGGGCUACGCCAAGGACGUGCUGCCCAUGUUCGUGGUGGAGCAUGGAGUGGGCGGGCUGGUGACAGACUUCUGCCCCCUUCGCCUCCCCCGGCAGUGGGUGGAGGACGUCAGGGAGCGGUUGCCAGAAGACGUGCCAUUUGCGCAGGUUGAUGCCCACAACAUCGUGCCCUGCUGGGUUGCCUCCCCCAAGCAGGAGUACAGCGCUAGGACCAUCCGGGGCAAGAUCCAUGCUCAGCUCCCCGAGUUCCUCACCGAGUUCCCCCCCGUCAUUCGUCACCCAUAUCCCCCCUCCUGCCCGGCAGAGCCCGUUGCUUGGGAGGCCUGUUAUUCCAGCUUGCAGGUGGACCACACCGUGAAGGAGGUAGAAUGGGCGACCCCCGGCACAGCUGCGGGGCUGGCUAUGCUGCAGUCCUUCAUCGCAGAGCGGCUGAAAUCCUUUGGCUCCCACCGGAAUGACCCCAACAAGGCAGCGCUCAGCAACCUCUCCCCGUGGUUCCACUUUGGCCAAGUUUCCACCCAGCGAGCCAUCCUGGAGGUGCAGAAGCACCGGGGCAAGUACAAGGAGUCGGUGGACGCAUUUGUGGAGGAGGCCGUGGUACGGCGGGAGCUGGCUGAAAACUUUUGCUACUACAAUGAGAACUAUGACAGCGUGCAAGGUGCCUACGACUGGGCGCAAACCACCCUGAAGCUCCACGCCAAAGACAAGAGGCCUUUUCUCUACAAGCUGCAGGAGCUGGAGCAGGGGACCACACAUGACCCGCUCUGGAAUGCUGCCCAGCUCCAAAUGGUCCGGGAGGGCAAGAUGCACGGCUUCCUGCGGAUGUACUGGGCCAAGAAGAUCCUGGAGUGGACCCGCUCCCCUGAGGAGGCCCUGCAGUUUGCCAUCUACCUCAAUGACCGCUACGAGCUGGACGGGAGGGACCCCAAUGGAUACGUAGGCUGCCUUUGGUCCAUAUGCGGCAUACACGACCAGGGCUGGGCAGAGCGGGCCAUCUUCGGGAAGAUCCGCUACAUGAACUACGCCGGCUGCAAGCGCAAGUUCGACGUGGGCCAGUUCGAGCGUCGCUACACCCCCCGCACGCUCUCCCAGUGACGGGCACAGCACGCCUUGAGAUUGCUUGUGGCCCUCCAUGCUGGGGGCAGACAUGCCUUUGCCAAGGUGCCAGCUUGCACCUUACACCCUGGCCAGGGAUCGCCCCAGGUGCUGUUGGAGAGCUCACUGGAACAGCCGCAAGCCCCAGGGUUUUGCAGGUCUCUCUUCUCUGCCAUCACCCCCCGCUUGAGCUGCUGCGCUGGGGCAGCUGCUGGAGCCCCACGGGGCCACGCAGGGCCCUCCUGUUGCCACGGGUUUGCUGGCAGCUGCAAAAGCCCAUCCUCAGCGUGCCUGUGCCUGCCAGAAACCUUUUCUACAACCACCGUGCUCAGGAGUAAGCGUGAGUUGCUGUAGCUGCUGCUAACCUCAGCUUAGAGUUAGGCUGAGCAGGGCUUUUCUGGGGAAAAGCCCCCAGAAACUGGCUCCUCAUGCCAUGCUGCCUGCAGGGAAGCCCUGCUUCGCUCCAUGCGGAGCCAGCGCUGUGCUGGGCUUGCACAUGCAUCCUUCAACAGUUGUUUUAAAGUUUACAGUUUA